UCGGCAUGAAAUAGAAGGAUAAACAAACAGACGCCAUUGAAGUGUGUUCGUUUUAGCCGCGAUUUUGCGUGCGCUUUCCCUCAUCUCCGCGUAAUAAUAUCUUGAGGAUCGUAAUUUUGGAUCGCAAAAAGAGUGCAGAAGAAACCGACUCGGAAUUCUCGGGGUGGAAGAGGGGAGCAGCGAGAGAGAGAAACGACGAUCGGCCGAGGGGCCACCCUUCGUCCACCGGAUGCGAGUGUCACUCUCUCAUAUCUGUCGGAGACAAACGCUAUCCGCGACCUUGCUGUGGAGCAGCUGUGGAGAAGGAGAAGGAGGAUGGCAUGCAAAAUUCAGUUUCGAAUCGCACUGGCGACAUCUCUGGAAAUUGGCGUGUCGCCGCACGAGAAGGACAAAUCGACAACCUUGAAAUAGAUCGAGGAAAAAUUAGCGGCUGGCCAGUCGGGGGAGCGCUCGAUGCCGCAAGACCGAGGCGGCUCGUCUUUUCCCGUUGCUUCGUUGCCGAUUGCCCGUUAGUUCGUUCCGCUGGCUAGAAGCGCCGAGGGGGGCACGUGAUUUUCGCCGACGCCGUUUCUUCUUCCGCCGAAGGUAAGCCGGAAGUAGAAGAAUGAACGACCAAAAGUACCACACACCGUAUCCUCCGCUGUCAGGGAUGGGAAUGCAGCCGGUUGCAACAGCUCCACCGCAGGCAGAUGCGUCGCCAGGUAAAAGAGCAGGCGUUACUCUUCGAGGCUUGAGCACGUGCUAAGAAAACCGACACGUCGCAUCUGUAGAUCCGAGGUUCUAAACCGCGAAACACAUGACGCUUGCGAAGACUCACGGAUUUCUUUGGAACUUGUGAAUCUUUGAGGGACGAUCAUCUAAUUGAAAUUUUUGGAAGUAACAAAAUCUCGCUUCGAAAUCUUUCUUUCGUGAACACACGAGACGUUUGUUAUAUUAUUAUUGUUGCUUAAAAAAAUGUAUAUAUGAAUGUUACGACAAAUUAUAACCGGCAAGAUAUUUCAAGAAGAGAAGAAAUGCGCAGGACACAAAUGUUCUGAGGUAUCUGUUUAAGUGUUAAAAUAAACUAAUAUAUUUCGUACUAUCUCUUCCGCUUCCUCUUUUCUAACAGUGGAGUUUCACCUGUACGCGUGUCUGUAGCUUCAAUUAGAUUCCCGGUUAGAUUAGAUUCCUCGUCGUAACUGUGGCUAAAACGAGAGAAUGAAAACCCACUUAACUCGUUAAUAUUUAGAGUCAGCCACGACGGCGGUAGUUAAUUCGGCCUGAUUACCGCAUUUCUCUGCUCUUUUCUCGACGCCUCGAAUCCAAACGGAGAGGAAGAAAAUUUAUUUGACCCGGUAAUUCCUCGGGGGCAGACUGCAUUCGUAAGGUUCACUUAGCUGGAUUAGCAUUUCCCGGCGCCUUUUUUAGAUACUAGCUAAUUAGCUGGCAUAAAUAAAGAUACGUUAAAAGUGUACGGGUUGAUAUCGAGGAGCAUUAGUUAACUGUCACGAUUAGCGCCGACCUAAAAGUUUGCGUCAUCGCCGGGCAAUUUCUCUGUUUUUAUAAGAAAUAGAGAAAAUAAUGUUAAGAAAUUAUUGACUUAAUUAUCACACCUUUACGAUUGUAUACGAACAUAUUUGCUUGCUUCUUCGAACACGUUGAGUCACUUUUUCCGGCUGCGAAAUGCGACACCACGAAAGUUUUAUCGCCACCUGUCGAACCACAUCUGUCUAAUUUAUUCACGGCACUUUCUACAUGAAUAGAAUAUCAUUUUAAACAGGUGUUAUUCAUGUACGACAAUUGGUAUUCGAUUUAUAUGUAAUUAAUAUAAAAAAAAUAAAGCGCUAUGUUACGUCAUACGUCGCGCUUGAAAAUUAUAAUUUAAUUUUAAUAAUUAUAUUUGCAAUUCUUUUCCUCUUUUUCUUUAAUUUAAUUAUUCCGCGUAUUGCAAACAGAUUAUCAUAUGCUAUUUAGUUUAUAUUAUUUUUUUAAAAUAAUUAAAAUAUUUAUUAAGAUAAGAUUUAAAAAUAUUUUAAGAUUGUUGUGAUUAUUGAUUAUGGAUGUGGAACAAAAUGCGUAUAAUAAAAUGACUUUAUUUCAAGGCUUUAUUUAAAAAAUUCUAUAAUCUAGAAUUUUCGUUUCAACUGAAACUUGAAAGAAAAUCAAGAAUUGUCAGCAAAUACUUUUACAAAAAUUAAAGAAACAACGUAUAAAUUAUAAUUGCUAAUUUUUAACUAAUGCAGCUUAUAUAAUACUGGCCUAAACGCGCUAUUAGCACGGAACGCGUCUGUUUCGUGCCCGUUUAAUUACGAUAGGCACGGUCGGAGGACAUUCGUGAUUCUCCACAUCAAUGAUCAUGGGAUCCAAGCAUUGCUGCUAUCGCGCGUAAUUGCGGUUCACCACGAGAAAUUCGAGCUCUGUGUACGCUAUCACGUCCCAAUCAUGCGAUCUACGUGGAAGGCGGUGUCUUCCAAUGAUAGUUGGUUACCGUUUGUUGAGAGCGACGAUCAGUGUAAAGUAGAUAAUGACCGUCCUCGGUGGUCGUCGCGUAUCAUCGUCAUCCAGACGGUAUACGACGUUAUCACUCGUAUUUGUACGAUGACGCCGAACUUUUCGAUCUUCGCGGGCGCAUCGCGUUCCCAUUUGCCGUAUUGUUUCUAUCCAAGAUAUAACCCGAUAAAAAGAUUAUACCGCAUGCCGCAUGAACAUCUGAAUUGUAAAACUGAUUCUGAUAAGCGCCGACGUGACAGUGCAGUGUGACGAUCAGUCAGAGUCUACCAGUGUAUUUGUUUGGCUUUUACCUGGCUAGUGAUAAGAAGAGGUAAAGAAAAACAACUUGGUGAAGAGAUGAACGAAAAGAUAAAAGAAACAAAUUAAAAUUGGACCUUGGAAAACGAAUAAAGAAGUACACAACUGAAGAUCUGUGUAUAUUCCGGAUGUCAGAAAUACAAUUUUCUUGGAGAGAAGUAUUGGCAGCAGAUUGUGAAUUUUUUAUUGUAUUAAUUUUCUUAACGUAUGGAAAACGGGUAUGCGGCACUUGAUGUUUGCGACGUAGCUUCAAGAUGUAUCGUAUUAUUCCCUAUAUUUAUCUCCCAAUAACGAUAAAUGAAAGAAAAGAGGGAAACUCAAGCCGGGGGCAAACGAGGAUUCUUGCGGAAAAAGCUUUAUCUCCUGCGUCUUGCGGAGGGUGCCGAACGCAGCAAAUUACGAUAACUCGCCAAUGCUGUUGGUAAACGUCUCAGAUCGGAACGGUUAGCGCAACAGUUAUUUUCGUGAGAUUAACAGUUGCGAUAGCAGAUGACGGAUAUUGGUGAUCAAAUUUUGAAACUGAGAAAGUGAGAACCGAGUUUGUGGACGAGUUCAGAAUCUUAAGAACGACGCCUUUUUCAAGCAAAAGUUUGAGAAGAACUUCAAGCAAAAGUGACGAAGUCCUGAAGCCACUGAUUGGAACAGUGACUUUCAAUUUUCUCAUUUUCCUACAAUGAUAAAUGUAUCUUCAAUCUCAGGCAUUGAGAUAAGAACGCGUAUUACUCUAUAAAUGUACGAUCUAUAUUGAAUAAUAUUGAAACAUGCGGCGUUUUACACGUGCAACGGAAUCCGAAUACUUUGAGACUUCGUGGAAAAUUAGGCUGAAGCAAAUCUGCAGACGGCUGAGAACAUACUGUCAAAGUACAUUGGCGCGUUAUUACAAGUCUAAGAGGAAGGGCUAUAGCAGAUUUCUGACGGAGGAGGAACAGAGGUGGUUGGUCACAACCGAAUAUGACAUAUCCAAUCGGAUUGGAAUACCUUACGGGCCUUGAUUAUCUUUUCGUGAACCAGAAAAUUGAGUUGCUUCAAGCUUUUACUGGAUGGGAAACUAAGAACAAAUAUGUUAUUACGGAUAAUAGGGGCGAGCCGGUGUAUUACAUGGCCGAGGAAUCAGGAAUCUGUUGGCGAUUGUGUCUAGGAAAAUAUCGUUCAUGCGAAUUCACCAUCUACGACAAAAAUCAUCGGGAGAUUCUUCGUAUGGUUCGACCCUUCAGAUGCGACGGUUGCUGUUGUCCUUGUUAUCUACAGGUUCUAGAAGUGUAUUCUGGAAGUACUCUAUUAGGCAGCGUUACUCAAGAAUGGAGCCUUUGGCGACCAAAGUUCUAUAUUCGUGACGCAUCCGGCCAACCAGUGUUGAUGAUAAAAGGACCUCUUAUUCGUUUCUGUGUUAACGUAAUUUUUAAGGUCAAAUCUAUGGAUGGGAAACGUCGUGUUGGUGUGAUUCGAAAGCAAUGGAGUGGCUUUGCUCGAGAAUUGUUUACUGUUUCCGAUACGUUCGGCAUUAACUUUCCGCGCGAUCUUGACGUGAAGAUAAAAGCCGUGCUGCUAGGGGCAUGUCUUUUGAUAGACUUCAUGUAUUUUGAACAGGAGCCUUAAAUCGACCUAUUUUAAUUUUUACAAGAAGACUAAAGCGUAACUUAUCAAUAUAUUAAUUUAUAUCUUCGUUAAAGAUAUUUUGUAAUGUAUCAAAUACUUCAGAAGAUUUUUAACUACGUAAUGCAACGUAAAUUAAGUUGAGCGUCAUUUACACAUACUUAGGAUAGAAUCCUGUUAAUCAUGAACUGUGAGAUUAAUUAUAACUAUAAUUGCAUAUUAGACAAUUAUUCUAUUUUUUAACGGCUAUACGAAUAAUUCUUAUUACUUAUAUAUAUAUAUAUAUAUAAUUAAAAUGUAUUUGGAUAUACUUUUAGCGUUGAGCAAAGAAGUAAUUACAGAAAUGUAAUUAAACUUGUGCAUAAAGUUUAAUCUCGAAAAAAGCUCUCUAUUUUAUUAUAAACACAGUACGAGUGUGUAGCAAUUUAAAUUGUUAUACAUUGCUUAUUUUUUCUAAACUGUCUUUCGAAUAUCGCAUGUCUUACACGUGUAUGUACACAAAAUAAAAACAACCAACUUACUAAAUCAACAUUAAGAAAUAAUAAAUUACCAAGUAUUAUCUUUGUAUCGAUAUUUUAUUUGAUGAAAAUUAAUAUUAUAUGUAUCAAUGUAAAAAACUAACAUUUUUAAUGUAUGCAAUCUGCGCAGCUGUAAUCUCAAAUUUUGCGGAUAUUUCAUCACUCACAUAAGAGCUUUGCGUAUUUGUAUAAACUUGAAAGUUUAAUAAAAUUAAUUUUGUUUAUACGUACUUUUUGAUAUUGAAAUAAGAUCUUUGGCGCAAGUACAUCAUAUCAAUUGUGUUAAUGUUAAUUAAUAUGUAAAUAAAAACUUGUUUUAUGUACUUGUUAA